GCGAAGCUACCAAGACUUUAAACCCUGGUUAUAUCAGUGGUUUCUAUCUAAACUACUGUCCAUCCUUUUAUGAGGACAAGUUUUUUAUCGGUUCAACCAUAGUGCCAGGAGCAUAUUCUGGGCUUGGUGCCCACUACUUUAACACAAAGCUGACGCUUAUUGGACGUGUUACUACUGAUAAUACACUAACUACGAAAAUGAAAGCCGUUAUAACUGAUAAGUUGACCGUGAAGGCACAGACACAGCUGAUAGAUGAGUCACGUUUGUUUGACACACUAGUCAGCUUUGAAUACAUGGCUCUAAACUACAAAGCUCAAUUUCAACUCGGGAGCAAAGGUCUAACUGCAGCAACAUAUAUUCAGGUUUCACUCGCCACUGAUUUUGUGUACAAUUGUUUUUCAAGAGAUGUUAAAGCUAGUGUUGGACGUGACUGCGAGAUUUCUAGAUUUUGGUCUCGUGUUCAGGGAAAGAUUGAUUCUAACGGUGUUGCAUAUGCAUGUCUUGAAAAACAAUUAAAAAUGGGACUCGAGUGUGUUCUAUCUGCAAGUUUGGAUCAUAAGAACAAGGAUUACAGGCUUGGUUUGGGCUUAGCAUAUGGCUCACCACCACUCUCUUCUGAUGAUCUUCAGCGUUGAUCCCUUACUUCGUCUUCAAGUCGGUUCAGAUGAGAUUCUUCCAUGGGAAUGGAUGCAGGGAAAGUAAAUUAGCUUUUUAGGUCCACAUUUGUUUCCUUGAUUAACUAGUAUAUAAGUAGUAAUCAUUGAUGAAAUCAAUUGAUAAAUGAUAUCUUAAAAUUAAAAAAUAUAUAUUAAAAAGCAAA